AUGAACCACGAGUCGAGAACCCAAAAGAAGACACACCCAGAAAUAGAUUUAAUACAGAUUGACAUGGGGAAAAAUAAGUGUUCAGAUGAAGGGUCGAAAUAUUCAGCUAAUCUGGAUAUGGCAAACGGUGUAGAUGCUCUGGAUAUGGCAAACACCAAUGAAGCACCACUUUUGAAAUCACUAAAUAAUGUGACGUGUGAAAAUUUGGAAAAACAAAAUUCAUUGCAUAAUCCUGUGUCCAUGCAAAUGGAAGUAGGAACUGUAAAGUGCAACAAUGCGAGUGAUGUAACAAACAUGGAUGAAUUUACCGUUUUAAUGGAAUUUCAUGAAGGACACAUGACAGGAACGUUUUCCCCAAACAGGAACCAGAAAAAUGGACAUAACAGAAGUGAACAAUCAAAUGGGUUCCAAAAUGGACAACCAGUAGAAGAGGAUCACAUUUUAAACUCGUGUAACAGAAAUUUCCUUGCAGGUCCUGACCCAAGUAAGGAAAAUCAAGUGGAAAAUUUGGAUAGCGAAGUUUAUACAGAAGCCCCAGAAUUGGAGAACAAGAAAAUAGAAGAAGAACGGAUACAUAUUAUGAAGUGUGAAAAUGUAAAAAGAAAUGAUGAUGUAAAUGAUUGUGUCUAUUCAUUAGAAAAUUCCAAUUGCAUUGAUGAAGGUUAUUCCCUCAAUAGACAUAUCGAAAAACAAUUUUUCUUAGGGAAAAGUAAUUCAAAUUGUUUGCAUUGCUCAUCAGGAUUAAUUCACCCAUCCAUUAAACACUUUUUGAAUGAUUCUAAGCGAGAAGAAAAGGGUAGAUCUUUUACAUUUAAUGACGUAAACAAAACAAUGAACAACUUUGGAACUAUGGAAAUACACCCCCUUCGCACGUAUGAUGAAAAUUGCUACAACUUCAACAACUGUGACAACUUCAACAACUGUGACAACUUCAACAACUGUGACAACUUCAACAACUGUGACAACUUCAACAACUGUGACAACUUCUGCAACUAUGACAACUUCUGCAACUAUGACAACUUCUGCAACUAUGACAACUUCUGCAAUUAUGAAUACGUGGAUGCAAAAUCCUCUUCUCUAUCAAAUUGUGUAUCGAAGGAGGGAACAAAUGAUUACAGCAUGAAAUUUGAUACGCUGGAUGAAGACAGGAUACAUAGUGGAUUUCCAAAUGAGGAUUGUUUUUUUUUUUCUACAUGUAUGACAAAGUCAGAUAGAUGUGGUAGUAGCAGUUUUCCCCAACCUGAUUCCACCGCUGAAAGAAAAGGAAAUUUUUAUGCACCACACAGUUUGUGGAAUUAUGGAGAUAACAAAAUGGAUUGUCAUGAGAAAGGUGAGGUCGAUCAUAAGAAUAGAAAUAGAAAGAGCGAUAGAAAUAGUGAUGGGAAUAGCGAUAAGGGCAACAAUAAAGUAAAGCGUAAGGGUGGGCAUGGGGACAAGCACAAGGAGGGUGAAUCGCAUGUGGAAGAAACGUUGAAAAUGCUAACGAAGAUGACUCCUAGAUCUUUUGUACAUUCCACAUGGAAGCUCAUAGAUGAAGACACAUUGUUUCUAAAUGAAGUGAAUUAUUUGUAUGGAAAAAAUAAGAAUCCAUCAUGUGAUGGGCACUCAGUGGUAGGAUCUAUCUGUAAACAUGAACCCAUUAUUCCCGUCUCAUUUCCUUUAUACAAUCAAAAAAGAGAAGUAAAUGUUAAGGAGGAUAACCCAUAUGAUUUACCAUCUCUUGGGGACAUGCAUAUAAAUAAUACAAACAUUGUGAGAAGACAAAAUGAGAAUUUGGAGAAAUAUAUAAAAGAAAAAAUAAGUGAAUCAUCCCAAAUGGAAGAUUUUCAAAAUAAGGAUUCAAACGGAUUACGCAUGCAAAAGAAAUUGAGGAUUCCCCUUGACAAUGGUAAAGAGGAACUGUUUCAUAGAAAUGAUACAAUUCAAUCAAGAAUUGGCAAUUUAAAAAUCCGUACUAGAACCAAUCAUACAGAAUUAAGUGCCUCAAAUAUACAAGUUGAAGAAAAAGUAAACUUACAAAUCUGUGAUCUUUUGGGAUAUCCUCCUUAUGUUACUGCUUCUAACAACCAAAAUGAUAAUCCAUUGGAGGAGGCAAGAGUGGAAAGGAGGAGGCCACAAGUGGAGUCCCAACAUGAACUCAUCAGUGCAUCUAAUGACGAAUCAGAACUGACAUUUGAAGAUAAAGAAAUGUCAAAUAUAUAUUUCCAUAAUGGGAUUGCACAUCCAUUCGAAAAAGAGAUAAUAAAAACAUGCUCUUCGUCCGAAAAAGAAAAUUCUGAGAAAAAACAAAAUUUAAUUAAAUGUGAAAAAAUAAAUUGGGAAGAUAAAUGGGAAAAACAAAUUCAAAAUGUACAAGUAGAAGAAAAAAGCAAGAACAAAUAUUUCAUUAAAAUAGAGAAUAUAUUUGAGACCUGCAAUGGUGAAGAAGUAGUAGAAAAAGAAGAAGAAGAAGUAGUAGAAGAAGACGAAGAAGUAGUAGAAGAAGACGAAGAAGUAGAAGAAGAAGAAGUAGUAGUAGACGACGGAGUAAGGCAACGUGAUUCCAAGAUGGACGUCUCUAAGUUAAUGUUGUGUGACGAAAAAAGUGAAAUUAUUCCAUUAGAGAAAGAAAAUAACGAAUCAGAAAAUAAUUAUUUAAUUGCUCAUCCGCUUAUCAGGAACAGUGUGAAAAGACACGCCUUUAAACAGCGCACUUUAUUAGAUCAUAACAAUGUUGCAGGGAAUAGGGAAAAAAAUAAUUUUCCUCCAUUGAACACUAGCGUGAGUUCAACGUGCGAUGAGAAUCUUCUAAAAAUUGCAAGUGAUCGAUCUAAUAUAUCUCAUGAUAAAUGGGUGGAUUCUCACACAAUACAAAAAAGAAGUGUCAAUUUGAAUCAGGAUAUGCAAAUUGUUGGAAGAACCGAGAACAUCUCGAGAAUACUGAGGAAGCGAAGUGUGUCGUUUGGACAUCUCACUGAUGAUAUAGAAACACAAGAAAGAAAUCUGUUUAAUGAACUCCACCCAUGUGACAGAGAACGAAAAGAGAGGGAAAAAUUGAAUCACUGUUCAAGCAUACAGCAUGUGAGUAGAAGUGGAAAUCAAUGGAAGCCCUACCAAAUUAACAAGGGUACAGAAAAAAAAAAUGGAAUGCAUAGAAACGAGUUGACAUAUAUGCAAGGAUUAUUUGCAAGUCCAUAUCUCAAUGAGGAAAGUGAAAAAAAUGAAAUUGGGAAAUCUGAAAUAAAAUCUAAAAAGACAUCUGUUCAGUAUAGUAAGGAUAAUAACAAAAUUGAAGAAAAUUCCCAUGCAGGAUUUGUCACGCUUAGUGGUUCAUCUGCCUCUAAAACAACAUCUUCUUCUCUGUAUGAAAAGAACAACUUGGAUGAGAAAAGCAUGGCUCUUUUUGAUAUCACUUCGAAAGUGAAGGAUGAUUAUUCUCUUCAUAGGUCCGUCUACAAAAGCCGUGGACAUAUGUAUAAUGAGAAGAUGCACUCGAGAAUGAAGAAUGCAAGGAACUUGCCAGACUUGUUUCAUUUGCGAAGCACGAAUAAUAAAAACAAUGUUAAUCUGCUGAAGUAUUUUAAACUUAAUUUCGAAUGGGGGAAGCAUACAAAAAGUAGUAACAUGCGUAGAUUUGUAGGAAGUAUUGCAGGUAAUGAAAGCUUUGGAAAUAUCUCGCAUGGUGGAGGUAUUGGAAGUAACAGGGUUGUGGAAAACCGCUCCGAAGUGGCAAAGAGUAACUUUUUUGAAUCCGUUGAUGCAUUUUUUCACAAUUUCAAAAAUAGUGAUAGAACAGUAAAGGGGGACAAAUGUCGCCACGUUCCAUUUUUGCUUAACACUGCAGGGUACAAUUUCAACGAUAAUAUUUUUCAGAACAGAGAGAAGUUGGGGAACAAGAACAGAAGCGAGUCAAAUCAUGAGAGACCCUUCAAGGCGAGCAGCAAUUGGGGCAGCAAUUGGGGAAGCAAUCAGAGUAGAAGCAUGAGAGCUGCUGAACCUGGCCAGCUAGCAAACACACACAACAUGCACAGCACAUCCAACACACACAAUGGAAGCAUUACAACCACAACCACUACAACAACUACUACAACUACGACAACUACAACUCUGAAUGCAUCAGACCAAGGUGUAAAUAGAGGCGUGCCUGAAAGUCAUAAUGGAGUCCAGUGCAAUGAUAAUGUGGUUACCACAACAAAUAACAAUUGCACGAAUAGAGUAGGCUGCGACGAGAGGAACAAAAACUGUUUUUUCAGGAGAGGGAAUGACGUGCGAAUGUACACAGAGAAUAAAAGAUUAAGGAACGGAGAUAGUUACAAUAGAUGUGAUAAUUCUUGGGAAGAAAAUACUGAUAGAGAAAUUGUUUCGAUGAAGUAUGGAGAAAUGGAAGGGAUAAAAACAGUUGCACGUACAUUAAACCUUAAUGAAGAAAAGAAAAAUGUACAAAGAGAGGAAAUAAAAGAAAAAGACCCAUUAGAGAACGAAAUAAAAGAAAAAGACCCAUUAGAGAACGAAAUAAAAGAAAAAGACCCAUUAGAGAACGAAAUAAAAGAAAAGGAUCCGUUAGAGAAUGAAAACAUAAUUUUAACAAUUCAGUGGAACAUUAAAAAGAUAUCUCUGCUGUGUUCAAGCGAAAAUUAUUUUGUCGUUUCACCAGAAUUUAAAACAGAAACAUUAAUAAAUGAAUUUUUUAUCUUAUUAAAUAUAAAUAACGAUUUGAAUUUUUUAUGGGACAGCUCCUUUGGUCUUUUAUUUUCAUACACAGGAUUUUGCGACAUUGUUUUUUCAGUAGCAUGUGGAAUUUACGAAAAAAAAUAUUGCUCCUAUGAUUUUUCUAGUUUGCCAUGGUUUGGUUUUAAAAAUUGGGGAAUUUUAAAAAAUUGCAUGCACAAUGAUAUCAUUUCUGUAAAAGUUGACAUUCACGAGAUAAAGAAAAAGAAUCUUCUCAAAGAUAUCUUUCUGACUAAUGUCAUACCUUCCAUGAGGAGCGACAAUGGUAAUUCUCAUUUUCACGAGGCUCCUGUAGUAUCCACGAAUGAAAAUCAAGAUAUCUCUACUCCUACUUUGACCGGGUACAGAUUUCCAGAUUCUUAUGGAAAGCAUUCAAGUUAUCCCAGUAGUAUGCAUUUUAAGCGAAGUUCCAAAUUCUUUUCAUCUCACAAUGCUCCUACGCAUCCAAAGGAAGAAGAGAACGUUUGUGAGACACUUGUUACAUCCAAUGUAAAAAGAAAACAGCUAAAUUACUCUCAGAUGAACACCACACAAAGAAGUGCGAAUUCCUGGGAUUCAACAUUUUCGAAUCAUCACAUGGUGAGAAGUCACAAAGAAAAUAUCUCCACCAUACACAGGGAUAUGUUUUACAACAUUAUGAACAAAAAUUCAUAUGCACAAAAAAUUGGUGCAUCAUCUACUAUCAUUGAUAAGCAACAAAGAAAUGGACACUUUCAGAAGUAUAAGACACACCAAAAGAGACACACGUACGAUGGAUUGCAAAUAAUUGGAAAUGAAGGCACAGUUGCAAGUGGAACGACAGGACAAGUAGUACCCUUAACCAACUCAUUUAGAAGAGGGAGGGUUUUCCCAAGGGAUCAAGAGGUGGCUUCCGCACAGACCAAGCACCCAUAA